AUCCUUCCUGGAGUCCACACCCAGCUACCUGGGCCUGGAGGGCUGUGAUGAGGUGCUGAGGCUCUGCGAUUCCUCGGGGCCGCUGGCCUUCCUGCAGGCCAGCAAGCAGUUCCUGCAGAUGAAGGGACAGCUGCUGCCACAGAACGAUGAUCCUGGGCUCCAGGGCGGGGCCCUCCCACCCCAGCAACAGCUUCUCCGUGGAACAGCUGGUCAUGGGCAACCACAACCCCCGUGACGUGGCUGGUGGUCCUGAGAACUGCCUCACCAGCCUGACCCAGGAUGGGGCAGGGAUGCGCUCAGCCGCUGCUGGCAGCCCCAGGCUGGCGUCCAGGCCCCGGAUGUUAGGAGCCACUGCUGCCCCUUGGUCGCCUGAAGCCCUCUUUCUUCCUGCCUCCGCUCAGAGCUCUGCAACCUGGCCCGAGCCCAGCCUGGCCCUACUCGCUGCCAGACCCUGGCAUGUCAAGGCCUGGCCCACGCCUGCCUGCUCAGCCCGUGGAACCCUGGCGGCCCCACCAGCUAGGAUGAGGGGCCAGGCCACUGCCCUGGGCGCCCUGUGGGUUUUCCAUCCGCUGCUGCUGCUGCUUGGGCGCCAGCCAAGUGUGGCCUCAGAGACAGAUGUGCGUCCUGGGGUGGGCCGUACCCCAUGCUGGUGCAGGGCAAGUUCUUCAGGUACUUCUUGGGUGGCCACUGAGUUCUCUGCCAGUGCUUCACGCUGCUCCUGGACCCUGUGCAACCCGAACCUGCCCCGCUACAAGCUCUGCAUGAAAGUGGCCACGGUGCCCGCCUGCAGCAGCCCCGCCUGUGUUGGAAUCUACCAGUUGGAAUCCUUCCUGGAGUCCACACCCAGCUACCUGGGCCUGGAGGGCUGUGAUGAGGUGCUGAGGCUCUGCGAUUCCUCGGGGCCGCUGGCCUUCCUGCAGGCCGGCAAGCAGUUCCUGCAGAUCAAGAGACAUCAGCUGCCACUGGAUGAUGACACCAGGCCCUCCCACCCCAGCGACAACUUCUCCGUGGAACAGCUGGUCAUGGGCAACCACAACCCCCGUGACGUGACUGGUGGCCCUGAGAACUGCCUCACCAGCCUGACCCAGGAUGGGGCGGGGAUGCGCUCAGGUUUGAUUUGGAAUCCUGAGGAAAGGGUGUCAUUUUGAGCGGCUUUUCCUCAUCACACAGCACGUCCCCUCCGUGGGUUUCUCCUACACACCCCGGGGUGGCUUCUCUCUGUUGGGGCCCAUGCCAGGAAUGCUAGCUUCUUGAAAUCACUGAGGAAAGGAAGAGCUAUGCUUGGAAGAAAAUGGUAUCUGAAGCACAGAGCUGGACUCCGGAAAUGCUCCCGUUUCCGUGGAAACAGUAUCCCAAGAACACAGGCUGGACACGGCGGGGGAGGGGGCUGUAGGUCAUCCUGUCUGCCUUCUAACCUCCUAUCACUGUGGGCAAUACCAGAAGGAGCCCAGGCGUUCCCUCCAUCUUCCCCAGUGGUCUGGCAGGAGGGUUACAGCACCCAUCACCCAUGAGGAGAUGAGCUUGCGGACUGCUGUCUCUGAUGACCAGAAUAGAGCCUGGCAUCAGUGAAAGCUUUAUAAACGUGUGUUGAACGAAUAAAGGACAUUGAAGGAGCAUGCAGUGUUUCA